GAAAGAGGGAACAGAGUGUGUUCGACUUCAGUUGCAACAUGUAAAAUUCAGACCUCUGUUUAUAUGAGAAAUAUUACAUCUAACCUACUUCGUCGGCGAUAAAGAAAGCAAACACCGCGCGCGCGUCACUACAGGAAGCAGAAAGUGUCCGACUUGACGGCUCCGUUUUCAGCUCCUCCCCCGACUGCAAGCAGCAACUCUCGCCGAUCAUCCAGCCGCAGCCCAAGUGGAAUACAUCUAAUUUACCAGUAACACGUGACAUCAUGACGUUGGCAUGCGUCAGUUCGUGUGAGUGUGUGUAUGCGUGUGGAAUCAGUUUAAUAGGGCUGGACUCUAACAGCGAGUCCGUUGUAGAUCAGCGGCUUGCUCAUCGUUAUAUACUCUGAUUCGUGCAAUGGGUAGUUUUCAUCUCGCAAAUAGUCGAUGUUUUGUUCGCUACAUCUUUCCGGGCCUACCGAGCAUGCUGAGCCGCCAAUACAGCAUGAAUAUUUCCGGCGAGCUGCUGCGGAGCCAGGGCUUCAUCAAUGGCCGCUGGGUGUCUGCAUCCUCCACCUUCCCCGUGCUGGAUCCAGCCACUGGACAAGAGCUGGCUCAGGUCUCAGACUGUGGACCUCAGCAGGCUCAGGAAGCUGUUAGCGCCGCGUACAAAGCUUUUCACUCAUGGAAGACUCAGACUGCAAAGGAAAGGAGCCUUCUGCUACGGAAAUGGUUUGAUCUGGUCAAUCAGCACAAGGAGGAACUGGCCAAGCUUAUUACUGCAGAGUGUGGCAAGCCCAUGAAGGAGUCCCUAGCUGAGAUUGCGUACUCUGCAUCUUUUCUUGAGUGGUUCUCUGAGGAAGCCCGCCGUGUCUACGGGGACAUCGUGGCACCAACAGCCAAUGACCGCAAAAUACUGCUGCUCAAACAGCCAGUGGGCGUGGCCUCAAUAAUCACCCCAUGGAACUUCCCCAGUGCCAUGAUCACCAGAAAGGUGGGAGCAGCCAUGGCAGUCGGCUGUACUGUAGUGGUGAAGCCAGCUGAAGACACACCCCUUUCUGCUCUAGCACUUGCUGAGCUAGCAGUGCAGGCUGGAAUCCCUCCUGGUGUGUUUAAUGUGGUACCCUGCUCCAGAGAGAAGGCCCCUGGUGUGGGUGAAAUCCUCUGCACUGACCCUCUGGUGGCUAAAAUCUCAUUCACCGGCUCCACUGCCACCGGCAAGAUACUGCUGAAGCAUGCUGCAGAAACUGUCAAGAGAGUGUCGAUGGAGUUGGGUGGACACGCUCCCUUCAUCGUCUUUGACAGUGCAGAUGUGGACAAAGCUGUAGCCGGGGCAAUGGCCUCCAAAUUUAGAAACUCGGGCCAAACCUGCGUAUGCUCCAACCGCUUCCUGGUGCAGAGUGGGAUCCAUGAUGUGUUUGUGGAGAAGCUGGGGAAGGCCAUGGACGCAGAGCUGCGAACAGGCCAUGGGUUUGAUCCUACAACCACACAGGGGCCCCUUAUCAAUGUCCGUGCUGCUGAGAAGGUGGCGCAUCAGAUCACGGAUGCUGUCUCACUUGGGGCUGUAGUGAUGAAAGGUGGGAAGAGACUUGAGGGAUCUUUCAUGCAGCCCACACUGCUGUCCAACGUCACAGCUGAAAUGCUCUGUAUGCGAGAGGAGACUUUUGGUCCCCUGAUACCAGUUCUCAAAUUCAACACAGAAGAGGAGGCUCUUGCCAUUUCGAAUGCAUCUAAUGUUGGAUUAGCAGGCUACUUUUACUCUCAGGACCUGAGUCAGAUCUGGCGAGUGGCUGAGCAGUUGGAGGUGGGAAUGGUUGGGGUGAACGAGGCUCUUAUCUCCACAACAGAAGCCUCCUUCGGUGGGGUUAAGCAAUCAGGCCUUGGCAGAGAGGGCUCUAAAUAUGGCAUUGAUGAAUAUCUGGACGUGAAGUAUAUGUGUGUUGGUGGACUUAAAAUCUAAGUGUGGUUCUUGCUGAAUAAAAGGCAAUAAUGAAAACAUUAAUUGGAGCACUGUGAAUCAAACCAUUCAUUUUGCUCAGAAUGAAAUGAAUGGGGAUUACAGGGACUGAUGCAUUUGUCAAGUGAAAAGCACCUUUUUGAAAGAGGAAAAAAAGAUUAAACCAGUAAGUAGAUAUUACAAAUUUUCUUACAUGUUUAUGAUCAUUCUUUUAAUAUUAACUGUUGAUAUCCAGCAAAUAGGAAGACAAAUACUUUGUAGCGCAAGUAUACAUUGGUAUACAUCAUCAGUGGUACUUGUCUCACUUCGUCCACCUAAUAUUCAGCAAGUAAACUGCAUCGGGAUGUAGAAACUUGUUCUGAACCUAAAUGCAUAACUUGCACCUGCCUGUUUUGAACUGUCUUGUUGAUCUUGAAUCCAUGAUAAAUGUAUGAGUAAAUGGUGUUUCUGCAGUUCUAUGGCUAAUAGUAUUGUGAAUAAUUGUUGUAUUAAGGAUUUUAUUUUUGUGAAAAUGUUUAUACCUUUUUGAUUAAAAAAAAGUCUAAAAAGCGAUGAACUAAUAUAAUAUUCAAGCUCUGGGAAAUAUUGGAUUCAGUCAAAUAUACUUAAAGUGCCAUGGAUCUGUGAAUCAUUUAGCUAUUUUUGUUUUUAAUAUCUGAAUAAUUUCUUGUCCCUAAUUAAAUGUAAUUUGCUGUAUCAAUAUAUAUGCGUUUUCCAUAAACUGACAAAUGUUAUUUGAUUCUAAUGAGUCAAAAUCAUUUGUCACAAAAGUAAUGUUUUUAGGUAAAAAAAUAAAAAUAAAUAAAUAAAAAGCCAAUCAGACUACAAACAAAAGCAACACGUGCAAAUAAACCAGAUUUUAACAAUUCCAA